AAUUAAUUUCAAAUGUUAACCAAUAAAAAUGUUGAAAGAAAUGACGUCUCGUUGAGUGGUUGAGUCAUUUACAAAUUUAACGAAUUAAGUUUAGGUCCCUUGUGAUCUUGAUUGUAAUGUAAAAUUAUUUCAAAAGCACAACAACAACUUCUCUGCGUUUUAACCUUGGUGUAACAUUCUGUCAAUUUUGUGUCAUUGUUGUACACAUCUUUUUCGUGAAUUCAACAAUGUUUGGGGCUAAGAAUAGCGAGAAAACAAAGCGGGACCAUUCCGGGAGAAAUUUGUCACAGUAUGGGUUGUUUGAUGUAUCAGCUGAUUUUAAUCUAGAAGGGGGGCUAAUGGAUGCCGGCGUUGAAAAUGAGCAUGAUAGUGAUUUGGAAGCCGAAUUGGCAGCUUUGACUCAAGGAAGCGGUGGUAAACCCAAACGCCCCCCAAGAAAGAAGGUUCCUGAUGCGGAUUUAGAUGCAAUGGUUGCUGAAAGUAUGAAGGAUGUACCUUCAGAUGAGGAGCUAUCGGGGGAUGACGAUGAUCCAGAACUGUUGAAUGAGUUGAGCAACAUAGCGGGAGACACACCAGAAAAAGAAGAGGAGGAACAGUCUUCACCGGUGAAAUCACCUGAGGGAUCCAACGACACAUUGAAACUUUUAAAUGAUCGAUUAAAAAUGUACGAAGAAGCCGAAAAAAACGCUAAAGCUGCUGGUGAAUCAAGCAGAGCAAGACGGUUUGGUAGAGGCUUAAAAACUCUCAAAGACUUAAUAAAACAAGCAAACGCAGGCCGGCCCAUUAACAAUGAUGACAUUCCUCCUGAAGUUAGUACUGGUGUGAAAAAUCCUCCUACCACUGACACAAAUGAAUCCCCACCUCAGCCAUCGAGGGCUGCUCCUCCAAUUCCUCCACAACCUGACCCCGAACCUGAACCAGAACCCGAAAAAACUCCCGAAGAGACCCCCUCAGUUCCUCAAGUAGACCCGCAACUAAUCAACUUGCUUACGGAACGAAAAAAUCAAUAUAAAAUUGCCGCUCUUAAAGCAAAAAAGUCAGGCGACAAUCCAACUGCCAUUAGUUACAUAAAAAUUGCCAAACAGUUUGAAUCGGUCAUUACAGCGGCCCAAAGUGGCCAACCCGUCGACUUGUCUCGAAUGCCAGGGCCACCUCAAGAUCCAGUCGAAAAAAUUGAGGAGAAUAAAACGCAAAAUGAUAGCGUUUCGCAAGGUGAAGAACCAGAUGCUGAUGAAAAUCUUAUAACAGCUUCAUCGGUUCUGGAAGCCUUAGAACAAAGAUUGAGUGUUUAUAAGAAACAAGAAGAGUCGGCAAAAGAACAAGGCAAUGCGAGUAAAGCCAGAAGAAUGGGUCGAAUUGUGAAACAGUAUGAACAAUCCAUCAAAGCUCAUAAAGCGGGGAAGCCGAUUCCGGUCGAUGAGUUGCCAACUCCUCCAGGUUAUGCUCCAAUUCCGGUUCCGGGAAGUGAAGCUCCUAAACCUACACCUGUGACACCAAAGCCUACUUCUGCUGCGACGGAUCAACCAGCUAAACCUGAAACGUCUCCGAGAACAAACCCAUCGACUUCACAGUCGACGAGAAUUUCAGGAAAUCAUGUUCCAAAUACAAGAGCUGACAAGCAACUGGUUCUUCUUUUGGCUAAACAAAAGCAGUUCAAAGAAGCCGCCCUCAACGCCAAACGAAAGGGUGAAAUUGACCAGGCGAAGGAAUUUCUAAGGACUGCUAAAGGUUUUGAUCCCCUUAUUGAUGCAGCGAGUUGUGGUCUUCCAGUGGAUUUGUCCACGUUGCCGGUGUCGCCAUCUGCGAAAUCACAACUAGACAACGAGUACGAAAUGGUGAUGGCGGACGAAUGUACCGAAGAUAAUAAUUCUAACACGGAUGUUAUUGCAAGAUUAGAAAACCAGUUGACGAAACAGUUAAAAAUGUGCUUGAGUACUCGUGAUCAUCAUAAAGCUCUUGGCGAUGUAGGGGGAACAAAUCGUUUUGAAAGAUUAGCUUUAAAUGUUACUAAAGAUUUGGAUAUAGUGAGAUUAGCACGGAGAACUCCCGGUGCGAGGAUUCCUAAAUUCCAUUACGAAAAUAGAGAUUUUUCCAUUGUAAAAAGUUUUACUGAAUUGGGUGAAAACGAUUUAGAAUUAACGAUUGUUAGAGGGAUAAGUUACACUUGCAGUAAUCCUAAAGAGAUUGAUACGUAUGUUAAGUUUGAAUUUCCAUAUCCUCAGGAUGAACCUUUUUCUCAAAGAACAGCCACUGUUAAAGACACCAAUAGUCCGGAAUACAACGCCACCUACACAAUACCCAUACAGAGAAAUGCAAGAGUCUGCCAGAGGGUUUUCAAGAGGCAAUCUGUUAAAUUUGAGGUUUACUCAAAAGGCUGCUGGUGCGCUAGCGACAUUGCUUGUUGUUUCAGCGGUUUCUUCCGUGGUGAUUCGUUAAUUGGUACUGCCACAGUCAAAUUGCAACCAUUGGAAACUCAGUGUGAAUUACACGACAGUUUUGACUUAUUGGAAGGAAGGAAAAAAGUUGGAGGCAAAUUAGAAGUCAGAAUGAGGCUUCGACAUCCCAUCAUUAAUCAGCAAGUAGAACAAUUACAUGAAAAAUGGCUUGUCAUAGAUAAUGUUUAAAGAUUAACUAACUCUAUGUUGAAAAAAAUAUAUUUUAUUAUAAUAUUUAUAAUGUACGUAGCUUUAAGCUAGCCUUAUAAUGGUGAUGCAAUGUUUGAAUUUAAUAGUAGUAGUACGUUUGUGGAGAUUUUUUAUUAUGUACUCUAUAAAUUCGAUUUUUUAAAAUUGAUUUUUAUUUUUAAUAAUGUUGCUUUUGUUUUAUUAGUUUUCUUUUGCUCAAUGUCUAUCAACACUUAUUAAUUUUUGAG